AUACAAUUUACACUGAACGGUACAUGGACACACCGCAGAACAAUGCGCAAGCAUAUGCGAAUUCUUCGCUUCUGACCUUGGAUUUGGUGGAGGCGUAUCGUAACAAACGCUACUUCUUGAUUCACGGCACAGCCGACGACAACGUUCACUAUCAGCACGCCAUGCUGAUAUCCAGGCUGUUGCAGCGACAAGAUGUAUAUUUCACUCAAAUGAGUUACACAGACGAAGAUCACGGAUUGGUUGGUGUUAGACCACAUCUUUAUCAUGCGUUGGAGAAGUUCCUACAAGAAAACAUGCUGUAA